CCGUUUUUGAUCAGGCGCGAUGCGGUCAGUCAGUACAGACCCGGAAGUGACGUGUAACAGUAGCGUUAACAACAACAGCAGCAGCAAAAACAACAUACGUUGCAGUAACAAUGAGGCUGGACUCACGUGAUGAUGAUGAUGUGUCGUUAUUCGAUGCUGAGGAAGAUUCAGCCGCACGAAAGAACAAAGUCAAGCAUCCGGUGGCUUCUUUCUUCCACCUGUUCUUCAGGGUCAGUGCGCUUCUGGUUUACCUGUUCUGUGGAUUAUUUGGUGGGAGCUUCAUCGCCUGUAUGGUCACCAUCAUUCUCCUCCUGUCAUGUGACUUCUGGACUGUGAAGAAUGUUACAGGUCGUCUGCUGGUGGGUUUGCGCUGGUGGAAUCAAGUGGAUGAUGAUGGAAAAAGCCGUUGGGUGUUUGAGUCAAGAAAGGCAACUGAAAAUCAGUCUUCUGCAUCAAAAAUCUCAAACGCAGAGUCUCGUAUAUUCUGGCUGGGUCUGAUCAUCUGCCCCAUCAUCUGGGUCAUAUUUGCUUUCUCUACACUCAUCUCUUUCAAGAUCAAAUGGCUGGCGGUGGUGAUUUUGGGAGUGGUGUUACAAGGCGCUAAUCUUUACGGAUAUGUACGCUGUAAAGUGGGAGCCAAGACAAACCUCAGGAGUAUGGCAACCAAUUACUUUGGAAGGCAGUUUUUAAAACAGGCUUUGACAAAACAGGAGGAGUCCUAAAACAAAGAGACUGACCUUAAAAAAUGGACACACUUGUAUUUCCAGAAAUCAGUUUUUAGUAAUUCCAAUUUUUUUUUUAAUUAAGGAGGAUGUUACUUUGAUAAUUUUUGUUGUUUUUCCCUGCAACUAGUUAACCAGUUAAAUAAUGUUUUUGUUUAAAAACAAACUAAACUGUCGUGCAUAGUUUUAUUAACUAGCUGAAAUAAUGCUAGUUAAAAGUAUGUGUUUUAUUAAUCAAUGUUGCAUGACAACAUGGUGAUGGUGACACAAAAACAUAUGUAAAUAUUUAUAUAUAACAGUAAAUUAUUUUUGGUGGGCUGGGCAAAACUGAAUAAAUCUUUUUGUACGUAA